AGUUGAAAUGGUCUGUUAUUACUUUGACCGACCAAUAAUUGGAUAGGGAAAAAAAUGACGUCAUCGAGGGCCUGUUUGUUGGCCCCGGCAGGCCCUGUGAAGACGAAUUGUAAAUCAGAUUGGUAAAAGAAAGAGUCCCAUUGCUAUUAAUUGAAUUUACAUUCUCUGCUCUACUCGUGACGAAGUUUUUCAAGUGUUGUACAUACUGUCACUUGCAGUAUUUUUUGUGCUAAUUUAACCUUUGUUUUACAGAAAGCAGCAUGGUAGUUGAGUACUUUGUACAUCUGUCUCACAGUUCUGAAGUUCUGAGUUGGGAGUUGGGUUCCUAUCUUCCUGUGAUGAUCUGUGUGUUCUCCCCAUGAUUGAGUAUCUUUUUCAGUGUGACGUUUGAUCCCCUCUUGUGGCAGACGCCUUUGCCACACGCAACAGAAUGAUGCAGCUAGUUGUCAUGGCAACACUGUUGGUGCUGGCGGGUGCGAGCAAGCAUUGUAGUCUAGGUUGCUCCCUGAAGAACUACAAACUAGAGGUGAAGAGCUGUGACAAAACUGCAUUCAUCAACACUACCUCAUGUGAGGGACAGUGCUACCAAGAGGAUCCAGUCUACCAUUCUCCGAAAGAGCAGCCAACACAGAAUGUCUGCUUUGCGAACUGGACCUAUGAAGAAAAACACAUCGGAAGUUGUCCAUUUGGUGUCACUUACCCGGUUGCCAAAAGCUGUAUGUGUGCUUCAUGUAAGCAAUCUUACACAGACUGUGAUCGGCUUAAUCGUAGCUGUUCUUAAAGCCACUUUUGACUUAUUAGCUGACAUUGAUGACAGUGGAAGUCCUAUCCAUUUGAACUGUGAUUGAUCACUGCCUGCCCUCUC